UAGGUGUGAAAAAUAAACACACAUUUAAGAUUGGAUUAAUUUAUAAUUAAAAUAGUUACAAGUAUUAAUAAAAUAGUAUACUACUAUAUUAUGAUAGUGUAACAUUAAAUACCUGCCAUCAAUUAUUAACUCCAUAAUUAAAGCAAUAUUUCCUGCACUACAACCAAAACACUGAGCUAACCUCAAACGUAAACAAUGGAGGGCAUCAAGGAGUCGAUUGCUGAGAUGAUGGGCCAGCUGAAUGUGCGAAUGGCUAGCUUUGAGGCACAAAUAAAUAAGGCCCCGGCUUCUCCUUCAGCUACAGGACUGGCUGCCGAAUUUGCUGCAUUCAGGAGCUUCACUGUGUCGGCUUUUGGCAUCCUCCAGAAGCAAGUUGAGAUGCUGGCCAGUGGCAUGGAUCACCUGGACAUGCGCAGCCGCCGGAAGAUCUUACUUGUCCAUGGGAUACCGGAGGACAAGAAGGAGGAUGUGGCCAACACUGCAGUGCAGGUGAUCACAAAGCACACCAAGGUGCCUGACUUGUUCUGCAGACAAGACAUCGCUCGCAGCCACAGGAUGGGGCGCAUGGGUGACAAGCCGAGGCCCAUACUUGUCAAAUUCAAGGACUUGGCUCUCCGGAACACGGUUUGGUACUCCAAGGCAAAGAUGAAGGGCAGCGGAGUCACUCUCUCUGAGUUCCUCACCAAGCCGCGACAUGAAGCAUUCAUGGCGGCUCGGGAGCGGGUCGGCGUGAAGCAAUGCUGGACGCGGGACGGCUGCGUGGUGGUGCUGGGAGCCGAUGGCAAGCAGCAUCGCGUCGUGACGCUCGCUGAGCUCGACCAGGUUUGUCCGCCGACCAGUCAGAACGUCGGUCAGGCGGCGCCAAAGGCCGUCAGCAGCAAAGCACCGGACGUGUCGUUGGCAUCCAGCAGAGCGAAGAGAGUCGCAUCAAGGAAGUAAUGGUGUGGUGUGCGCUUGAUAAAAUUUAUUUUUCCUUUUAGUUUUCGACACAAACUUAUACCCUCUUUUAUUAAUUAAUUUCUUUUUGUGUUGUUGAUAAUAUGCAUUGCAUUGCAUGCAUU